AUGUCGUCAAGUGAAAAAAUAUUACAGGAUGAAAAGUCUGAAGGUACGAUACGAUUUUUAACUUUCAAUGUCAACGGUAUAAGAACUUUUUUUCAUUAUCAACCAUUCUCUCAAAUGAAUCAAUCGCUUAGAUCUGUUUUCGACUUUUUUCAAGCAGAUAUAAUAACAUUCCAAGAGCUCAAAACGGAGAAACUGUCCAUCUCCAAGUGGGGGAAAGUUGACGGUUUUUAUUCUUUUGUUUCCAUCCCUCAAGCAAGAAAGGGAUAUUCUGGCGUUGGCUGUUGGGUUAGAAUUCCGGACAAGAAUCAACCAAUGUAUCAUGCAUUGCAAGUCGUUAAGGCAGAAGAAGGUAUAACUGGUUACUUGACAAUAAAAAAUGGUAAGCAAGCAGCAAUCUCCUAUAGAGACGACGUAAAUCAAGGGAUUGGUGGUUAUGAUUCUUUAGAUCCCGAUUUAGAUGAGAAAAGUGCACUGGAACUAGAUUCAGAAGGCAGAUGUGUUAUGGUUGAACUAGCGUGUGGAAUAGUUAUUAUCAGUGUAUAUUGCCCCGCAAAUUCGAACUCAUCGGAGGAGGGUGAAUUGUUUAGAAUAAGGUUCUUAAAGGUUUUAUUAAGAAGAGUUAGGAAUUUGGAAAAAAUUGGGAAGAAGGUGGUGCUAAUGGGCGACGUAAAUGUUUGCCGGGAUCUUAUAGACAGCGCCGAUGCAUUAGAACAAUUCUCAAUUCCAAUAACAGAUCCCAUGGGUGGGACGAAGUUAGAAACACAAUAUAGGGAUAAAGCAAUUCAAUUUAUCAUCAAUCCGGACACGCCCCACCGGAGAAUAUUUAAUCAAAUAUUGGCUGAUUCACUUUUACCAGAUGCAAGUAAAAGGGGGGUGUUGAUAGACACUACGAGGCUAAUUCAAACUAGAAAUCGACUUAGAAUGUACACGGUCUGGAAUAUUUUGAAAAAUUUAAGACCUUCGAAUUAUGGCUCACGAAUAGAUUUUAUAUUAGUAUCCUCGAAACUUGAACAGUGCAUAAAAGCAGGUGACAUUCUUCCGGACGUAUUAGGCUCUGAUCAUUGUCCUGUGUUUUCUGACUUAGAUGUACGGGAUCAAGGAAUUGAACCUAGUACGGCACAAGUUACCAUACCAAAAUUCGAAGCAAGAUAUAAGUACAAUUUAAGAAACCAUAAUGUUUUAGAAAUGUUUGCCAAAAAGGAAAACAAUAAAAAAUCUAAUAACCAACAAUAUCGUAUAGCGAAGGUUAUUAAUAAGAAAAAAUGCAGUAGCAUCAAAAAGAAAUCGCUCGAUUCAUUUUUUCAAAAGAAAGAUGGAAUACAAGAUGCCACAACCAAAAAAUCCUUGGAAAUUCCCCAGGCAACUCAAAAAGAAAUCUCAAUGCCAAAGUUUGAUUUCAAAGAUGUCUUUGGAAAGCCUCCCCUGUGCAAGCAUGGGGAAGAAUCUAUGCUGAAAACGUCGAAGACUGCGGCCAAUCCAGGUAAAAAGUUUUGGAUUUGCAAAAGAUCUCGAGGCGAUUCGAAAAAUACAGAAUCAUCUUGUGGGUUUUUCCAGUGGGUCUAA